AAAAAAACUAACAAAAAAAGGCUCCUCUAAAACUUCAAUUCAAUGCCUCUCUCCCUCUCUCUAUACCCAUCCUUCCCUCUCUAUUCUCCAGUUGUGUGACUGCGCUUUCGCUUCACCUUCUCCGGAUAAGAGAGAAAGGAGAGAGAGAGAGGGGGGAAAGGAAGACUGUGGAUUGGUGUCGCCGGCGAGUCGGUGCAGCGCCGCCGCUACAUUUGCUCUGUUUGUUGAGUUUGCUUGGUUUCUGGUGGCGUCGGAAUAGAGGCAAGGCAUAUAUAUAUAUAUAGUCAAAUAUCUUCAAACAUCAAAUAAUUUCUGAUUUUUUUGGGAGUUUGCAUUAAUUUGGUGUUUCUCAGAGCGAGGAAGCCCCACCUAUCUGCCACACUCUGGCGGAUGCUAGAGGAACCCUAGUGUUCCUCUUUUCUUCUUUCUGCUCUUCUCGGUUGUUGGGGUUUAAAUUGAAGAGGAAGAGGAAGAGGAAGGGGGAGGGUUUCUCCGUUAGGAAGAUGCUUUGGAUAAUGAAAUUCUCCUGGUUCGUCUCCGCCGCAAUGGUGAUGGUUGUUCUAUUUCCGUCGCUGCAAUCGUUUCCGCCGGCGGAGGCCAUUAGAUCGUCCAACCUUGAUUCCUACCUUAGGUUUCAAGGACAGAUUGCUUCCAGCGGUGCACUCGACCGAUUCUCUUUCCGGAAAGCGCCGCCGUUUCGUAAUGCCGGUGGAUGCGGCUCCGUGUUGGGGGAAAGCCACGUGUGUGAUCCCUCUCUGGUUCACGUCGCGAUUACUCUGGACAUGGAGUAUCUCCGGGGCUCAAUCGCGGCGGUGCAUUCGAUUCUGCAGCAUUCUAGGUGUCCGGAGAGUGUGUUCUUCCAUUUCCUGGUCUCUGAAACCAGUCUGGAAAGCCUAGUGAGAUCCACUUUUCCGGAGAUGAAGUUUAAGGUGUAUUAUUUCGAUCCGGAGAGAGUCCGGAGCCUCAUAUCCACUUCCGUCCGGCAAGCGCUGGAGGAGCCGCUCAACUAUGCUCGGAAUUAUUUGGCGGAUAUGCUGGAGCCCUGCGUACGCAGGGUUAUAUACUUGGAUUCUGAUCUGGUUGUGGUGGACGAUAUUUCCAAGCUGUGGACUACAAACUUGGGGGACAAGACCAUCGGAGCUCCGGAGUAUUGUCACGCCAAUUUCACCAAGUACUUCACCUCUAAUUUCUGGUCGGACCGGAGGUUAUACGCCACUUUCGCCGCCCGGAAACCGUGCUACUUCAACACCGGCGUUAUGGUCAUAGAUCUAGCGAAAUGGAGGCGGUUGGGGUACACGAAGCAUAUCGAGAGGUGGAUGGAGAUCCAGAAGACGAACCGGAUCUACGAAUUGGGGUCAUUACCGCCAUUCCUGCUAGUGUUUGCGGGAGAAGUGGCCCCCAUUGAGCACAGAUGGAACCAGCACGGUUUAGGCGGCGACAAUGUACGAGGAAGCUGCCGGAACCUCCACCCCGGUCCGGUGAGUCUCCUCCACUGGAGCGGCAGCGGCAAGCCGUGGCUGAGGCUGGACUCCAGGAAGCCUUGCCCGCUCGACUCUCUAUGGGCACCGUACGACCUCCAUGGACAUUCAACGUAAACAAACAACUCCUCUAUUGUCCGGUAAAUUCCUAGUCAGUCUAAAUUUCUUUUGUUUUCCGUCUCUUUGAAUUUUCCGUCCCCAUUAAUUUUUGUCAGUUUUUUUUUUUCUUAUAUUCAGAAUUUUUUUCUCUUCAUUUUUUGGCAUUUGGAUUAACAUAUAGCACCAUUAUUAUAUGAUGAUGAGAGAGGAUUUGUAUUCUAUUCAGCACUCUGCUCUCUGAAAUAAAAGGGUGAAAUUCAAUUCCCACCGCCAUUUCCCCAAAA